CCUCCUCGGGAAGCCUAUUAGCUGCAGUCAGAGGGGCUGCUAACAAAAUGACUUAAAAGUGCUGGAAUGAGGGAAAGUUGAGUUCAAGUCGGUUAUUAAAGCAAUACUUUCUUAAGUUUGCACAACACAUCACGCCCCAGUUGAGGUGGGUCACCUCGGCCACAAGGAAAAAUACACCAGAAGAACAACUUCCUUUAGCUGCUGUGCAACUUGCAGCACAGAGCUGGCUUUUUAACUGCAGUUUAAGAAUCUUCUUCAAUUAUAGCUGCAGUAUUAUAAAACAUGCCCCUGCAAUCCGAAUUAACUGUAGAUGCAGGACCCCAGACUGCCAGUCAAGUCCCCGUGUGCUGCUCAGCUCGCUACAACCUGGCACUGCUGGCCUUUUUCGGGUUCUUCCUGCUGUACGCCUUGCGCGUCAACCUGAGCGUUGCUCUGGUGGACAUGGUAGAGCCCAACAUAAGCUUAGCCAAGAACACCACUUCCAACGUGUGCCCAGAGCAUUCUUCCACCAUAAACGUUCCUCGCAACACAACGGGGGAAAAGUAUUCUUGGGAUGCUGAUACUCAGGGAUGGAUCCUGGGUUCGUUUUUCUAUGGCUAUAUCAUUACUCAGAUUCCAGGAGGAUAUCUUGCCAGCAGGAUCGGAGGGAAGCUGCUACUGGGGUUUGGCAUUUUUGGAACCUCAGUGUUCACCUUGCUGACACCCUUAGCUGCAAACCUGGGGGUUGGCUACCUCAUAGCUGUCAGAGUCUUGGAAGGACUGGGAGAGGGCGUUACCUUCCCAGCGAUGCACUCGAUGUGGUCUUCUUGGGCCCCCCCCCUGGAACGCAGCAAGCUCCUGAGCAUCUCCUAUGCAGGUGCACAGCUGGGAACUGUUGUCUCUCUGCCGCUCUCUGGUUUAAUCUGCUACUACAUGAACUGGGUUUAUGUGUUUUACAUAUUUGGUGCUCUUGGCGUGUUAUGGUUCUUCUUCUGGAUGUGGUUGGUUAGUGAUAAACCAGAAACUCACAGGAGCAUUUCACAUGCUGAGAGAGAAUAUAUACUCUCUUCUCUCAAAGAUCAGCUUUCUACGCAGAAAUCUGUUCCCUGGAGGCCGAUGCUGGAGUCCAUCCCGCUCUGGGCUAUCGUUGUGGCUCACUUCUCCUACAACUGGACUUUCUACACCCUUCUCACCCUCCUGCCCACCUACAUGAAGGAGAUCCUGCGGUUUGAUGCACAGGAGAAUGGUUUUUUAUCCGCCCUACCUUAUUUUGGCUGCUGGUUAUGCAUCAUUCUGUCGGGCCAUAUUGCUGAUCAUUUGCGGGAAAAGCAGAACUUCUCCACUGUUUGUGUUCGCAAAUGCUUCACCCUCAUAGGAAUGAUCGGACCCGCCGUGUUCUUGGUGGCUGCAGGAUUCAUAGGCUGCAACUACGCCCUGGCUGUUGCCUUCGUGACCAUAUCAACAACCCUGGGAGGGUUCUGCACCUCUGGCUACAGCAUCAACCACCUGGACAUCGCACCCUCGUAUGCUGGAAUUCUCCUGGGGAUCACCAAUUCUUUUGCCACCAUCCCAGGAAUGGUGGGGCCAGUUAUUGCCAAGAACCUCACUCAUAAUAAUACUGUGGGAGAAUGGCAGACUGUUUUCUAUAUUGCUGCUUCUAUUAAUCUAUUUGGAGCGAUUUUCUUUGCGUUCUUUGCCAGCGGAGAAGUGCAGGACUGGGCAGUCAGUGGGUAUCACUUGCACAGGAGCUGAAGGACGUGUUGAAAUACCAAAGCUGUGCCGAAUCCCAAUGUGCUACAAUUAUGUGACCGGAAAAGUGCCUUCCCUACCGAUGCCGAGGAGUCUUUGGAGCUCUUCAGUUCAACUGUUUUAUCUGUGUAUCUUUUGUACUGGAAAUCAUUUGACGGCAUAGGUGUGCUAUUUCCUAACAAGAAACUAUUUGGAUUAAACAGAAUAGUUUCGUGCUAGGACUUGAUAUCGAAUAUAUUAUCAGAGACAACAUUUUAAAUCGGUGUGCUAGGCUCCAGUUCCUUCCAGGUUUUAAUUAAUAUUUUUCCGAAUUAAUGUGUAGGCAGAUGUUUGUUGAUACUGAAAUGAGAGGAAAAAGCAAAGUGGUUACGGAGCACGUAAAGAGGAGUGGCAUACAAAGAAUCCUACCCAAAAAAGUGGUUUGAUUUUUGUGAUGAGAUUAAUAGGCUUUUUGCUGUUUAAAAACCUAGAAGAGCUUUAGUUUUCUACGGUCUUUUAUAAAGCUUUUAUUUUGUCAGUGAGGAACGCACACAUGAUUUUAUUCUAUUUUACGCACAAGUUCUCAGUGUAUAAACACUCCCCGUUUCAUGAGAGCAGCUUCACAAGCUGAGCAGCUUCACAAGAUGAGGAAGUAAAACCUGCCGUUGGGCCUGACAGAAUGAGCCAUGUGUUCUCAGUGGGGCAGGGUGCUCAAACAGCCCUUAUUUUCAUUCAUCUGUGCGAAAGAAAGAAGAAUGCAGCUCUGUGGUUUGAACCUCGGCAGCGUGCAAGAGCGAGCUAGGAACGGAGUUAUCCGCACACUUACCUUAAAAUAACUUUCAGUUUGGCAGUUCGGGUUUUUUUGUCUCUUUCAAUCAAUGCAGUGAAACUCUUCCCUCUUGCGUGUAGAUAUAUUUGUCAGCUUGUCGGUGUAAGCGCCAGAAAAUCAGGCCAGCGUAGGGAAUAAUGAGAAAAAUCAGUUCUCGUCUCUAGAAGCCUUGUUUGGUGGUCGGAUAAAAGUAGAGUAAGAAAGAACUAGUGCAAUAAACUGCUGGUCAAUGCAGAAUUUGCCACUCAAGAGCAUCCUUUGCACAACAUGUCACCGUGCCACCCAGUAGCGUUAAUGAAGUCUAUGGGACAGCAGCCUCGGGAGGGACAAAUGAGCCUGUAGUCAUAAAGCAAAGGAAAACUCUUGUGCCAAAGAUUCCUGGAUUGGAGCAAUUGGAUGAAAACGAAAAAUCACCGGGCUCUGGGCUUUCCGUCUGCCACCCAUCCCAAAGGGAAGCCCAGUUGUACCACUGCUCCAGUGGAGCCCUCCUUCAUUUCUGGGAAAUGGCAUCUGCUGCCACUUCGUAGCUUUGGUUUGACCUUCCUUGAAGCGUCACCUUCUCGGAGGGUGGGACCGUGUUUGAAUCUGUGUUUGUCUCUGCAGCAUUUCCACAAUAAACCCUGUGAAGCUCAGAUGAAAUGAGUAGUUGUUCAGCGGGAGUCUGUUAAAGCUGUGUUGUACCGUCAGUGUUUCCACAAUAAAUGGGAUGAAUAUUCACACCUGCA